GUGAGACUCGGAUAAGUUCGUAAGAUGCGAUGGUUCGAUAGGCUGGCGUAGUAGGGGUGAUACAGAAUUCAGAGGUGUCGCAACAGUCUGCGUUGUCGGAGCAGUCGGACGUGGUGGUUGGUACGGUGUGGUGUUUCUUCGCGACGCGUUGAAGAUAAAGAGGGAAGGUGACUCGUGUAAGGUAACAAAACAUAAAAGUGUUAAACAUUAAACGAUGAUCGCGUGAAAUAAUAAAUUGUUGUUCGUCGUGUUGAAUCACGGGAGAGGACGUUUUACGAAGAGAAACGGGGGGGGUAAACAUGAUUAGUGAUAAUUGGUGGCUGGACUCCCGGUUAUUCUUCGCAAGUGUUUCGAUGGUGCGAUGCAAAUCGGUGCUCUUGCUUUUAAUUCUUCUGACGAUCGUCGUGGCUGCUUAUACUGAAAGUCAAGGACCAUCUCCAGAGUUCAGCAGACACACAUUAAUCAAACCACAAGUAUACCAUGGUAGAUCGAAAAGACAGAUAUCAACGACCAAUGAGAACGACAUUGAGCACGCAGAUGUGUUAACGGUUGGCUUCGAAGUGGACGGUGUCAAACGUAUAUUAGAUUUACGAUUGAAUACCGAUCUAAUACCAGUUGGUUAUCAACAACGUUAUCAGCAUAAGGGCACGUACAAAGUUCAUACGCCGUCGAAGGUGGAACUCUGUCACUACCAAGGUAGCGUACGUGACGUUCCUGGAUCAUGGGUAGCCUUGUCCACUUGUAAAGGUUUACAUGGUGUCAUCUUCGACGGUGAAAAUCUUCAUCACGUUCAUCCGGAAAAGGAUACCUUGGACUCUAACCAUUAUCUCUAUAAACAGGAUGACCUCGUCGCCAAUAAGAGUUGUGGUUACGAGGGAACACCGCACAACGUUCUUGACCGUCAACGUCGUGAAACAAAAAGAUUAUCAAGGCACAAAAGGGCAACCGAAUCUAUCAGAGGUCCUUACAAUGCCAACAGACAAUCGCGUUACGUCGAGCUUGUUUUAGUUAUCGAUAAGAAAGGAUAUAUAGCACUUGAUGAGAAUUUGGAUAAGGUGUAUCACCAUUGUAAAAAUAUCGCCAAUAUCGUUAACGCUCUGUUCAUGCCACUUAAUAUAUUCGUCGCAUUGGUGGGCGUUCAAGUGUGGACUGAUGCCGACGAAAUAGCUCUCUCUCCGAAUGGCGACAACACGCUUUCGAAUUUCUUACGAUAUCGCAGAGAAAAAUUAGUACAUGAUAUGCCGAACGACAAUGCCCAGUUAUUAACGCGAAUACAAUUCGAAGGUGGAGUCGUUGGCAAGGCAUUAAAGGGGCCGAUAUGUACUUACGAAUUUUCUGGCGGUGUUUCCAUGGAUCAUUCUAAUGUAGUAGGCUUGGUAGCCGCCACAGUAGCCCAUGAAAUGGGACAUAACUUUGGCAUGGAACACGAUACUGCUGAUUGUGAAUGUCCAGAGGAUAAAUGUAUUAUGGCUCCGUCAAGUGGAUCUUUUGGUCCGUCACAUUGGUCAACUUGUUCCUUGGAACAUUUAGCAUUAGCUUUUGAACAUGGUAUGGAUUAUUGUCUGAGAAACAAGCCUCAAAAACUUUUUGACAGUCCUAUAUGCGGUAAUGGAUUUGUCGAACCUGGUGAACAAUGCGAUUGCGGUCUCGAAGAGAAAUGUGACAAUCCUUGUUGCAACGCGACGACUUGUAUGCUAUAUACCAAUGCCAGUUGUGCGACUGGGGAAUGUUGCGACCUGAAAACUUGUCGACCCAAAUUGGCUGGCACAGAAUGCCGAAGCGCUGAACAUGAAUGCGAUUUACCAGAGUAUUGUACUGGUCAGAGCGAAUAUUGUCCGGUAGAUGUCUUCAAGAUGGAUGGCGAAUCUUGUAGCAUGGGGAAGGCGUUUUGUUAUCAAGGCUCUUGCAGAACUCACAACGACCAAUGUAAAUUACUUUGGGGUCCCACAGGUGCUUCUUCAGACGCUCAAUGUUACGACAUGAAUAAUAAAGGCUCGAAACUUGGAAACUGCGGUUAUAACAGGAUAGAAUCUAGUUACGUCAAGUGCAGCGAUCAAAAUUUAUUAUGCGGAAUGUUACACUGCAAACAUUUGAACGAAAGAUUGGAAUUUGGUAUGGAAUCUGUAGCGAUACUAAGUCAUUCUUUCAUUAAUAACGGUGGGAAAAUAAUACCUUGUCGUUCGGCUAUCGUUGAUUUGGGAUUGAAUCAAGUUGAUCCUGGCUUGGCACCCGAUGGUGCUAAGUGUGCACCUGAGAAAAUGUGUGUUAAUCAAAAAUGUAUGCCAAUUGCUGAUCUGAGAGCAUCCGUAUCUGGUGGCAAAGCAUGUCCUAAUAAUUGCAGUGGUAAUGGAGUUUGUAAUAGUCUUGGUCAUUGCCAUUGUAAUCGUGGAUUCAGACCACCUGACUGUACUCAACCAGGUGUAGGUGGUUCAGAGGAUAGUGGCCCAGCCGAAGAUCCGAACGCGAGAAACGAUUUCAUAACAGCCAUUUACAUAAUUUUCUUGGGUGUGGUACCGAUGUUGGCUCUCUCAUCAAUUGGAGUUUGGUACGUGAGAAACUCCGGUCAGCAUUGGAAAAAGGGUGCAUUAUCUACGAACAAUCGGUGCCACAAUGGAAUGUCGAUAAAAACGAUCGACCGUUCUAGCCCUAUGCCACGUAACAUCGAAACGAUCGACUGCGGUCUCACUCAGGAUCCAGCUUGCGCGAGUCUCCUGCCUAAAACAGAGGUCGAUGCGCGUUAUAACAACAACUUCUUUGGCCAAUUUAAAGGGUUCACGAUAACGCCUAUACAAAAUCAUUCGAAAUUAUCCGAACCAACAAAAUCAGCACCGCCACCGCCUAGCGUUCCUACCGUAGCGAUAAAGACGAAUAUAAAGGCCAAUCAGAAAACGAAUACGAUACGAAAUCAAUCGUCGGCUGAGCCGUCGGAAAAUGUUGAGGAUAAUAAUAGUAAUGCGCCAAAAUUGCCACCAAUGAAUCCAGGUUCUACGGCUCGUCCAUUGAUAAGUAGUCCCGUUUUGGCAGCGACAACUUGUACAUCCGUAGAAUUGGUACCAUCUAAGGUGCCAACGAGAGCAGCUCCAGAGAUACCAACUAGAAUUGCACCCCCACCGCCUGUUUUAUUUUCCAUUCCUAAACCUCAAAGACCGAACAGUACUCCCUUGACAAACCUGAUCGUCGAAGCCGAACAGAAAAAAAUAGAAAAGGGUAGUACGUUAAACAGGUUGGCAUCUAUGUUGAGAUCAAGUUCCAGCGUUACGAGAUCGAAUUCUCAGUCGUCUCAGAAGGAUGAAAAAAAUAUGAAUUCUUUGCCGAGGAAUCAGCAUCUCAAGGCGAAUAAGGUGAUGGAUAAAGAGAUAUUGAGAAACUUGGAAAUAUCGAAUCCCAUACCGCAAAAGGAAAUUGAAAUCCCGACGCCUGUUAUUCCUGUAGUGUCGGUAAAUGAGGCUGAAAAGAAGAACGUUGUCAUGCGAGCUCAAUCUAUGAGAGACGCUAAAGUUACGUCUAGACCGGCAAUACAUACGUUUGGUUCUAUGCGUCAAGCUACACCUAUUGUUAAAAGACCAACCAGCAUACCGGCGAGUAUCAGACCAACCUCGCCUCCUCCUGGGCCACCUACCGCCGUCAUUACUUCGGAAAAAGAAACGUGUAACGACAUAAAGAUACCCGGGUUGCCUGGUUAUCAAAAUCCACCUGUUAAAUCUCAGCAACAAGUACAACCGGCCAAAUCGCUCGAGGACGUUUACGACGACUGCAUGAAUUUAGUGUCCGCCCCGUCUCUUACAAAGAUAAUGGAGGAAUCGCCAUCGAACGACAAUAUUUAUGCGGUUAUCGAAGAGUCCAUACCAGAGAAGACAAAGAAGAACGUCGAAACGCAUAAGAACGAUACGGAGAACGAAUACAAGUCACCGAAACGCGUGGAACCUACGUCUAAUCUCUCAAAUGCCGGCUUGGAAUCGAUGGGUCUUUUAUCGGAGAUAGUAUCGGAAAUUUCAAAUAGAAACUUCGAUUCUAUAUAUUCGACCUCAACGUUGGCACGAAAGAAAAAGGAAAAAGACGAUAUUGCCAAGGUGAACGAAAAUUUAGGAUCGAACAGUUCUCUUGGUGCUUAUAUGAAUUCUAAUCAUUACAAAUCACCUGGCAGCGUAUACUCGAACUCGCCAUCUGGAAAAUUUAAUUCGUCGAGUUCGACGACAAGUUCUGGUUAUCUAAAUCCGUGUGCAUUGAACGUACCGCAGUCGGUCAAGGAACGUUUAACGAAGGAUACAUCGAACGAUAAAGAAACGAGCGAAAUUUCACCGUUGCUAACAGCUAGUAGUCGUAACUGUAACGUGAGCGAAGAAAUGUCGAAAGAACUUGGUAUGAAUACGAUAGAAAAACCAUUCGUUACCACGAGCGAUCGUUCGAGCUCGAUAAUAUCGACUAGCAACAGAGUGAUCGAGAAAAAGGAGGAAGGCAAAAGUGUUUUAGGGAAUAAACCGUUGCAAUUGAGUAGAACGAAAACACCACCGAGUCUUAACAAAGCCCAUGCGUCUACGAGAACGAACAAACAAAACAGUUCCGAAAUAAUCUCUUCGAAAUCUUCGUCUGUUCAAUUGUCUCCCGAUGGUACCAACAAUACCAUGAAACAUAAUUUAGAAAAAACUACGAAGAACAGACACGUGCCAAUACAAAAUAAAACCAAUGGAAAUAUUAAUAAGCAUCAAAACAAUAUCAUAGAUAAUAAAUUAGACUCAAGUAAUACGAGUGUUGUUAACGCGUCAUCCGUUAAAAGUGUGCCUUUUAAUACCAAUAAGGAUGAUACGGGAAAAUUAAAUAGCCCGGAUUUAGUAUCAAGUUGUUCGAAUUCGAAUCAGAAUAGUACGAAGUCGCCAGACGUUUUAGGAAAUAAUCCAAAAUUAGUAUUAGCUUCUAAAACGGCAAUACAAAAGUCAUCGACGUUUUCGAGAAAUACGAAAGCACCGGCAAUGCCGAUGAAACCGUUGAGCAUAGUAUCGAAGGCUGCCAGCUUAACGGAGAAGAAAAAAUCUCCGUCGGGCAACGUUAAUGUUAUUAAAUCGUUUUCAUCGACCGCAUCAAGAGAAAAUAAUUCCAAAAUAUCACCUACCAAUGCCACAAACGCGACAACCACCACGACUGCUACCAUAACGAAACAUUCUCCGCAAAAGGAUACGAAAACUAUAACAGAUUCGACGAUUAAUCCUGUUCAAAGAGCUGCCAAUAGUAAAUCAAACGUAGCGUCGUUGCAACAAAAAUUCGAAGCUAAUAAAAACAGUAAUUCUACAAGAGUUUUGUCUAAUGUUAAUAAUAAGAAAACACUUGGCAAAGCAUCCGAUGGUUUGACAGCAAAGAAAUAAUUUUCAUUGAUAAGUAUUUAUAUCAUUGAGAUCGUCGAUUUUUAACGAUGAAGAUACAACUUUUUCUUCUUCUCCUUCUUCUCCUUCUCCUUCUUCUUCUUCUUCUUCUUCUUCUUUUUGUUUUUCUUUGCUUUUCAAAUUCUAGUCCAUCAAAUCGGUGAAUUGACGAUCUAACGAAAUUUAUGCGUGCGAUAACUAUGAAAGAUUGUUUCUUUUCUGUAUAUUCUAUGUAUAUAUAUAUAUAGAUACAUAGAUACAUACAUACAUACAUACAUACAUGCAUACAUGCAUACAUGCAUACAUACAUACAUACAUACAUACAUACAUACAUACAUACAUACAUACAUACAUACAUACAUACAUACAUACACGCGCGUGUAUGUGUGUGUGUACGUAUAUAUAUAUAUACACACACACGCGCAUACAAAUAAAUGCACAUUGCAAAAAAGUACAAGAAAUGGUUUUGUUCCGAAGCUCAAAACGAUUACAUGCUCGAUGAACAAAAACGUUAUAUUUUAGCAUGAAGGCGUUCAACUUGAACGUGUCUUCCUAAGUGAAGAUAGAAAUACGAUAUAUAUAUAUAUAUAUAUAUAUAUAUAUAUAUUAUUAUUAAAAGUUGUAAAUAGUAGGAUACGGUAAAAAUUCUAAUAUUUUUUGUAGAAAUUAUUGCCAUAAAGUUCGAGUGUAUAUAAUGCCAGUAAUUAUUAUAAGGCAGUAAUCGAUGAUUACUUUCAUGAGAAUGCGGAGGAUCCAUUAAUUGUUAAUUAAUUAAUUAAUUAAUUAAUGAAAAAAAAAGAAAAAAAAUGAGAAAAUCGAUUUCUCUUCAAAGUCGAUAAUAUAUACAUAUAUUUUCUGCGUUCCUGGGAUCAUGUAUUAUGAUGCUUCUACAAAUUCCUGCAUUUAAAUAAACGAAUAAACAAAGAAAAAAAAGUAAAGGAAAGAAGAUUACAACAACAUGAGGAUGAAACAUGGAAAAUUUCUUCGAAUCAUUAAAACGUGAAAUUAUUCAAUUCUGUGAUAUAUGUAUAAAGAAAGAUAUGUAUUAAUACCUAAAAAGAGAUAAAAAUGAUUCCAACAAUGAUCAAUUUGAAAAAAUUAAUGUAAACAGUGGACGUAAAUUUUACUGCAAAUACAGUAGAUUUUGAAAAAAUUAGUAUAUAACAAAAUGAAAAACAAAAGAAAAUCAUGUGUUAUCCGUACAACUACUUAUUCAUGAUAGUAGAUUAUGAUGUUUUUUUUUUUAUAUAUAUAUAUAUAUACAUAUAAGACUAAGGACUAUGAUAAAAAAAAAAAGAAAACACUGUCCUAGGUCGUUAGGCGAAAGUUAAAUAAGAAAUUGACUAAAUUUAUCAUUUUCUAUCGUAAUAAUAUAUUUAGUUAUAUAUGUGUCGAAGAAUGAACUUGUACAAUACAUAUACUAGAAUCAGUAAUAUUUUUAGUAGCUAAUGAAUAAGUGUAUAUGUUUGACAGGUUUAUUUGAACGAAAAAAAAACAUUUUUUUUUAUUUAUUUAUUUUUUAUUCUUUUUUUAUUUUUUCCAAAGAGAAGAGAAUCUGGUCAUGAUAAUAUGUAAAUACAAUUGUUAAAAAAAGAACGAAACGGAUCGAGAGAAUUCAAUUGAUCAUUAUCAUCCAUUUAGACAUAUUUUAUUUAUAUCAUAUACAUGACCAUUCUUUUUUCUUUUUUUUUUUAUCGUCCUUAAAAAGGAAAAUCAUCUUAUGACUGAUUAUCAAAUGUUGUUGUCGCUUUAAUUGAUUGCAUAAUUGCUCGUGUCUAGACUUUUACAAAAUUACAUUUUAGGUGGCUUCUCUUUUUUUUUCUUUUUUUCUUAUAAAAGAAAAAAGAUCUUCGUAUGCCUGUAAUGUUAUUGUCCUUGUCGCCAAAAAGAAAAAAAAAGAAAAAAAAAAAAGAAAA